UUAAAUACUAAAUUAUUAAACAAGUAAUGUAUUUAUUGAGGACAUCGAUGACAUUAAUAACUAUAUGUUUUGUCAAAUUGAUCCUUAAUUGUGUUGAAUGCAAUGCCAAUAGUGUGAUGUCUCAGCUUCAGAGCCAAACACAACAACUCUUUAUAAGGUCGGCCAAACCAAGUCUCGUAUCACAGGAUCAGUUGCAAAAGCAGACAAUCAAUAUUGCUAACCGUUUACAGAGAAGAAAUGGUGACUCUCAAGACGAUACUAUAGAAGAUCUCAAGUACACCAAUCAACAACUUUUCAAACGAUUAAGCGGUAGUCAUGUGUCCGAUGAAGCAACCGAUACAACAACCGAUACAACAACCGAUAUAAUAACCGAUACAACAACCGAUACAACAACCGAUAUAACAACCGAUAUAACAACCGAUACAACAACCGAUAUAACAACCGAUACAACAACCGAUAUAACAACCGAUACAACAACCGAUAUAACAACCGAAGAGUCCGAUAAUCUGAUUGAAGUAAAUGAUUCAAAAAAUGAAGAGUCAGAUAAAACAACUGUUAGAUCUAAAUCAAAAUCUGGUCUCUUAGGGGAAAAAAUUCCGUUUCUUGGUUUAAAUAUUCCCCGAUUAAACUUAUUUGGAUUUUAA